AUGGCGGCUACUCUAAGGUCCUUUGCGGUGCUCUUCGCACUCAUGGCUGUCCGUGUCAUGGCUGACUGCGUCAGCUACGGCAUUGACUAUGCCAACGGUGGUCAAUACUACAUCGACGCCAGCUCCGUUCAGUACUUCAGCUUCGUCUCUGUUUUCCAGGGCUGCACGUCGGAGGCGGUUAACCCCGUCCUCCAAGACCCCAACGGAAACAACUACUCUUGCUCAACCAUCACCACUCAGCCCGAGGGCCAGCAGUUGACUUCCACCUGCGGCAUCCCUUACUCCUCCAUGAGCUCCGGUGUCUGGAAGAUCAUCAUCUCUGGCGAGCAGGUCAAUGUUCAGCGAACCAUCACCCUCACUGUUGGCCUUCCCGAGACCGAGACCGUUACUGCCACUCCCACCAUUGUGCUCGGCAUUACCAGCACUCCCAAGGCUGUCACUGUCAAGACCACUAGCGUUACCCAGACCGUCACCAACCGAAACCAGGGAACCGUCGUCGUCGAGGAGACCAUCACCCGCACCCAGACCGACGGACAGAUUACCAGCCGCUACCAGACUACCGAGACCACUCUCGCUAGCUGCCACUACCCCACCAAGAAGCGAAGUCUCAAGGAGCGCGAGGAGGCCGCCGUCGCUGCACAGACUGUCACCUACACCCAGACCACCUACACUGUCACUCAGACCGUUGUCACCACUGUUCCUCCCCAGACGACUACCGAGCUUGCGCUCGUCACCAGCACCACCACCAGCCAACCUCCUCCUUCCACCGUCUGCAACGGUGGCGGCCAGCAGGUUACCGUCACCGUCAACCCCGGUGGCCCUGGCGUCACCCAGACCAACCUUGUCUACACGACCGUCCAUGCUUCCGGCACUGUCUGGGUUGGCGAGACUGCCUACACCACUAUCAGCAACGCUGCCAGCGCCACUGCCUGCUGGAGGGCUGGUGGCUGGUACGGCGCUUAA